UACAAAUCUCACUCUUUUCGUAUCGGCGCGAGUACUGAUCUCGCGUUAAAAGGAUUUUCAACUCAUGACAUUCAGAGAUCUGGUCGUUGGAAAUCUAAUUCUUACAAAUCCUACAUUCGCAUACCAAAGUUUUAAUCUAAUUUUAGAUAUACAGACAAUAUGGUUGGUGGGUUCAUCAAUAAUCAAGCACGCCUUUUUGGAAGCUGUAUUAAGACCAGGUGGUACAAAUUUGACAUUAGAAAGAAAACACAUCUCCCUGUGGUGGCAGGGUUAUAGUGGCCUCCAGUUAAGUAAAACUAAACAAAAGAUUAGAACUCUUGAAAAGGUGGGCCCUGUACCUAAUUUCAUCCUUAUACAUUGUGGGGGGAAUGACUUGGGCAAUAUAUCGAUCAGAAAAAUAAGGGUGGUUGCAAAGCAGUUGGUUUUAUUUCUAAGGAAUCACUUUCGAAACAGUAGGAUUAUAUGGUCAUUUAUACUUCCGCGUCUCCAAUGGCGCUAUUCAGCAAAUUUAAAAGCUAUGGAAAAUGCACGCAAACGGGUUAAUUCUGGUAUAGCUGCAGUUGUCUUGCAAUCUGGGGGCGCAAUAAUUCGCCAUACAGACAUUAAACCUGAUCCAGCUUUGUUUUUACAGGAUGGGGUACACUUGUCCUCGUUGGGCAAUAACAUUUUUCUAAACUCUCUCCAGGGGGGACUUGAGGCUAUCGUUGCGCAUGGUCAAUCCUGCUUUUCUAAUUAA